AUGGUCAUCGAAGCUACAGGACCGCGGAGAGCUGACGAACCAGAUGACCUAUCGCCAGCCUACGUCGACAUCGACGCACGAAUGACGAUAGUCGGUGCUUCGACAUCGAAACUCGUGCGGGAUUUUGAAACAUUGCAGCAGACACUGUCGGGGUAUGUCUCCUCUGGCGCGCGGAUAGUGCGCGGGAGGAUGACAGAGCUGUAUCCGCAAAGCGACGAGCCGGCGCGCACCGUCGUGCUUUUCUUCGACACGUACCCUUUGGCACUCUACCACACCGUCGCGCACUUGCAAGACCCCUUCGCGGAAGAGGCGGUGUAUCACGUUAGAUACGACCCUGCCUUCGGAUCUGUCGCAACUGCCCGAGUGCAGAGCGUGAGCACCAUCACUGCGUUCCCAAAACGCUCCACGUUCCUCUUCACGCCAGUCAAGAGCGGACGGCACGGACACAGCCCAAAUUGCCAGCAGUGUGCGGGUCAGUCGGGUGUGAAGGUGCUCGACCAUAUCCUCAGCCACAUCGUGCCCGACUGGAUUUUCAACCAAGGGCACCGGUAUCGCUUUGUUGGGGCCGAGCAAUGGAGCAGAGACUGGAUUAGCGACGAGCUCGUCGCGCCGACCGGGACCGUAUGGGCCUCCUCUCCGACACAGGACGACGUGCCCUCCGCCAUUCGGUGGAUGCUGCGCGAGCUGGCGCGGCAUGCGAGCGGCAUGUACGACGCUGGUGCCGACGGAGAGGUUCUCAUGAACAAGCUUGAGAAUGCGGUGUCGUUCAUCUCGCUGGGAGAUCUUGAGAAGGAGAUGGGACCAGAAGACUUCAAGGUCGUCACUGCUGCCCCUGGGGCGGAAUUUGAAAUCGACGCCGUCGCACAGGCGCGGCCGAAUGGACAUUCCAGACCGGUCUGGCCACGAUAG